CGACCACCUACUACAUUUCGUCCUUCAGUCUCAGUUACAAAAAAAUCCUACACGGUACGGUAUAAGCUCCAAGUCCUUGCCUAUUUACACCAGGCUAGCAUUCCUAAUGGCCCACAAUCCACCAAUCGAGUACGUAGGCCAACCCUUACCGAGACCUCUGUCCGAUUCAAAAUCCCUAUUGCCAAUAUAUCUCGGUGGAAGCAGGCUGAAUCCAAAUUACUCACAAGAGUAGGAACUGAGAGGCGGAGCCGGAUUGGAAAAAGAAAAUGGCCGGUUCUUGAAAAGGAACUCUAUGACGCUUUUCAGGCUCACCCGCAGCAGGGAAAGAUUGUGCGCCGAGGAUUUUUUCGUGUUAAAGCCAAGCUGUUAUUUCAACGGCACCAUCCUAAUCAAGGAGAGUUUAGAUUUUCUUGUGGCUGGUUUAAUGGUAUG